AUGAAUAUUAGUUCUGCUCUCUUCUUCUGUUUCUUAUUCCCCACACCAUGCUUCCCUGCGCUUGCCCUUACUUGGAUAGCAAGGCUUGAAGGCCCAGAUCCUAUCCGGAGUCAUGCCCAGAAAUACUUUUUGAAGGUUCAAAAAAAUGGGACAAUAGCACAUGUGCCUCCACCUCGCCCAAAGUGCAAAGCGUCUCAUCCUUACCCACAAAAGGCACCGAAAAAUGUUUUAGUGCCAUUGCAAGCUUCCAUGGCUAAUCCUUCUUCAUUGAAUUUACUUGCACCUGGAUAUUCUCCAUGGGAUGACACUUCGAUGCUUAUACACACUCCUUUGGGUGGAAUCAUGCGAUCCCAAGAUGAAUACAAUCUUCACAGAGUUGAAGUUGAUAUUAGAUCGAAGGGGGUCCCAAGGAUUAGUAACAGCAGUAUUGGUGCAAUUGGAAGCUCAAGUAGAACACCACCAAGUUCUGAGUUACUGAAGCAAGGGAAACAAGAUUCUUUGCUUCAUGGUGUACCAGAUUUUGCUGAAGUCUAUACCUUUAUUGGAAGUGUCUUUGAUCCAGACACUAAAGGUCACAUGCAGAAGCUCAAGGGGAUGGAUCCUAUUAACUUUGAAACUGUUUUUUUGCUGAUGAGGAACCUCACCAUCAACUUGUCUAGUCCUGAUUUCGAGCCCAUUAGAAAGGGCUUGUCAUCAUAUGAUGUCAAUACCAAAACUGUAGGAAUUGCCGCAGGGCUUCUAAGUUGCCAUGUAUUGAGAAGACUGACAAUUCUCAAGCGGCAUGCUCUGAAGUAUACCGAGUUCAAGGAUAUAUAAAAAUGCUGCUACAGCUGGUACAACUCGAGAGAAUUACCAGAUGAAAAGAAAACAUUCUCCAUUCUAGUGAUCUGGGUGUAUGUAUUUCUUGUAGGAUCAGGUUGUGGCAAUAUUAACCUUGUUAAAUAAAUAAAUGUCAUUCUCAAUUUUGUGCAGCAUAGCUUGUUAAGCCAAUGUAGCAGAUUGUAUGUAUUUCUUGUAUGAUAUGAGUCUUUCUCCUAGCUGAAUUAUGGUGAUUUGUAUUUUGUUGACUCCAUAAAGUGAUUAUUUUGUUU